AUGACGGCGUCUUACGCGGAGAUGCUUCCGGGACCAGAGCAACUUCAUAUUGACAGUGCGUGCAACCGGGGCGUCGCUAGUCUUUCGAAUGGUCUAUUCAACGCAAAUGGCAGCGUGUCGUCUCUCAGUCGCCACAAUUGUGUGUCGAGAUACCGUCCUGUAGGCGAUGGAGUGCCCGGCGCGUGGCUCAAGUCGACCAAACCAAUCAAAAUUGGAGACGAAAUUUUCAAUUGGUAUGGAGACGGAGGUUACAUGUUGCAACACAACCAUUCGACAAAGCGACGAACCAAGGAACCCGACACGCGACCUUGUUGA